AAACUGGGAUCCCUAGUCCCUAACGUUCGACGAAGGAAAGUUCCAGAAUGUUCGCAAGCGUUCAAACCACUUGUAUGUCUUGGUAUAAUGUCAAAAUACGCGAAACCGCGCGUUGUCUCACCUCGAUAUUCGCGAAUCUUAAAGAUCGCUCAUCUAAAUACACAUUUCCUAAAUACGGCUGCUAUAAGGAUUUCGCGGGAGAUUAGGUUAGGUCAGCAAUCGGGGAACGUGUACGAACGUGACAAUUUGCGAUUCAUUUGCAGUCUGGUAGGAAACGCGCUGUAGUUUGCUGUCAACGUUAGGAAGCUCUCGAGUUCAAAAAGAAUUUAAAUCGAUAUUGGAUGAAAUGGCAGAGAAUACAGAACGAACAAAUCAUCCUUGGAAUACUCUGACGACCAUAACUACGUUCGAUCAGGGUAGUAACAUGAACUCGACCUUUUAUCUAAAUAAUAAUACUGAAAAUUCAACCAAUGGACAACUCACACAAGUAAAUUUUUCCUUUGGUGUCAUAAUUCAAUCUCUUGUAAAACAGAUAUGUUUUACAUUAGAAAAGGAUAAAGCACGCAGAAAUAAAUUAUACCAUGCUAUAUGUGAGCAACUGCAUAAAUUACAAAUAAUUGAUAGUUCCUAUAAUAUGAUGGAAUUUGAGAAACUAAGAAAGAAAUAUGAACAUGCUCUUUAUCAAUUGAUCAAAAUUGCACAUUCUGCAAAUGGAAGUGAAAAUCCUUUAUGUACAUUUAGUAGCUUGUCUGAAAUGUCUCGUUAUCGCCGGGAAUUUCGUGAAGUAAGCUUUAUUGCUAGUGGAGGAUUUGGUGAAGUUUAUAAAGCACAACAUCGUCUCGAUGGUAUCGAUUAUGCAGUUAAAAAGAUAUCUGUAACCCCUAGGCAUGCAAAUACUUUAAAGCAACAUCUGAAUGAAGUAAAGACAUUGGCUAAAUUAAAUCAUCCGAAUAUUGUUUCCUACAAAGCAGCUUGGAUUGAAGUAGCAACAAUUGAAGUGCCAUCUUUUAUUUCCUCAUCAUUGACAGAUCAUAAAUCACAUAAGUCACAUACCUCAGAUGACACAGAAGAGUCUAAAUCAUACAAUUUGCAGUCUACCAAGGAUUCAUACAGUAACGUGAAAUGGCAAGAUAGAAAAUGUGAGAGCGCUGGUGAUUUUAGAAUUAGUCAAAAUGUUAGUAAAAAAUUUGAGAAACUGAAUUCAUCAAUUGGCAUUAUAGAAAAGCGGAUAGUCGAAGAAGCUAUUAUAGCAAAACAUAUCGAGGAAACCAAUUCAGAUAUAGUAUCUUUCAGAAAUAGCAACAAAAAUAAGAAUUUAAAUCAAACUGAAGAUAAUACUAAUCAUACCGAUCAUAAUUUGUAUGAGGAAUCCACCAGCCAAGAAGUAUGCACAUAUACUUCCAAUGAAUAUCAUCAGUAUAUGAUUUUGUACAUUCAAAUGUCCUUGUGUGAGCAAACACUUGAACAAUGGAUGCGUGGUAGAAUAAAUGUAUCACCUGAACCAAUGAUUAAAGAAAUAUUGAAACAAAUUCUUUGUGGAAUCGACUAUAUCCAUUCCCAAAAUGUCGUGCAUCACGAUAUAAAACCACGUAAUAUAUUCAUUUCGACAUCGGGACACCUUCAAAUUCAAUUGGGUGAUUUUGGUUUAGCUUGCCCAUUAAAGCCACAAGGAAAAAAAAGUCAUUCUGCAUGUGGUACUCAUAUGUAUGCAGCACCGGAACAGCUACAGGGGAAAUGUGAUCCAAAGAGUGAUAUUUAUAGUGUAGGAAUUGUUCUCGUUGAACUUUUAAUUCCAACACAAACUCAAAUGGAAUUAAGCUCUAUAAUUCGUUGUUUAAAACAUGGUAAUAUACCAACAGGCCUUCCUACAAAGCGACAUAAAUGGGCACAAAUGAUCAUACAAAUGGUGCAAGAGGAUCCUGUCAAACGACCAUGGACAAAAGAACUUUUGCAGAAUUUAAAAAAAGACGAGGAUAUGACAAUAACUGAACUGAAAGCUACUGUUGUGAUAUUGGAAAAUGAUAUUCACGAUAAGGAUAACACAAUUCAAGAGUUAAAGGAAAAAAUCGCAUUAUUAAAAAAAGAAGUUAAGAAGCUAAAAGACUCAUCUGAAGAUAUAAUAGAGUAGA